GAGUCGCCGACAUGACCGAGACAACACCCGCCGAAACGGCUCCUCCAGCCGCACCCGCCGCCGUAAAGAAGACUCCCAAGAAGAAGGCGGCCGGCCGGAGCAAACCAGCCGGUCCCAAGCUGGGCGAACAAAUCGAUAAGAUUGUGGCGGAUUGUCGCGAUAGGAAGGGGAUGUCCGCUGUGGCCAUCAUGAAGGCUCUGACCAGCAGCGGUGUCGAUGUAGGGAAACGUCGCGCCCAGAUCAGGAUGUGCAUCAAGAAGAGAGUGGAAAGCGGCUCCUUGGUUCAGACCAAGGGCGCGGGUCUUUCGGGAUCCUUUAAAUCCGGUCAAGGAAAAAGUGCCGUGAAAGCGGUGAAGAAAGCGAACAAGCCAUCGGUAAAGAAAUCUGCCAUCAAGAAAUCUCCCAGCAAGAAGUCUGGCGCCAAGAACCCAGCGGCUAAAAAGGCGGCAGCUAAGAAACCAGCGGCUAAAAAAGCGGCAGCGAAGAAACCAGCGGCCAAGAAAGCGGCAGCAAAGAAACCAGCGGCCAAGAAAGCCUCAGUGAAGAAACCAGCGGCCAAGAAAGCCUCAGUGAAGAAACCAGCGGCCAAGAAAGCGGCAGCAAAGAAACCAGCGGCUAAGAAAGCGGCAGCUAAGAAACCAGCGGCGCCGAAGCCCAAGAAGACAGCAGUCAAAAAGUAA